UUGAACCAUCCAGCCCAAGGCAACAAUCCAUUCUGUGAACUCCAAAAUCGAAUGGACAUAAGUCGAAGCCUCCCGAGCUCUUUAAGAACUUCCAACCUGGACUCAAGACAAUGUGCGACGAGCAAUACUGCACAUCCAGAGCGCUGCGUGGAGGGUGCUGUGCGCCUACCGAAGAAACGCUUUCGUCAAGACCUUUCAGCUCAGUCAUUGUCACCUACAAGUCCGACUGGGCUGUCACAACCUGUACCCCAGUUUAACAACAGGUUCAGCCCACACUUAGGCCAUAGCCCUGUUAACUUGUCUUACCAAGAUAACUAUUUCUUGCAAGAGUUCGACUCUGGCUAUGUAGAGAACAAUGUCAGCCAGAUUCCAUUUCGUGAUUCUCAAGUCUCUCUUCACUGUCGUCAGAACGGUUCCCACCAAAGUCCAUCACCAGUUUCUGACACAAAUAAAACAGGUUUUGAACGGUCUAUCUACACACUGCUUGUGGACCUGAAAAUGUCUGUGAAGUGCUUGGAGAGAAAAAUCGAAGAGAUGAGCAAUGCGAUGUCACAAGAGAAAGCGUUUUUGGAUGUUGAACUGCCACGUUUUCCUCUAGGAUCUGACGACGAACUUAAAGAUUUCCGCACUAGACUGUCUGACACAAACAUAAAGGGGAGGUUGCUAUGA